AUGAAGAAGAGAUUCUACUAUUCGGACCCAGGGAUGGCUAUACUGUCCUUCAUCUACCUCGCCUUAGGAAUAUUGGUGGUUUCCCAUGAAUCCAUCUCUUGGUAUCUCGGUGUCGGUAACAACCAGCUCAUUGUCGUCGGAUUCCUGCUCAGCAUCACGAGUUUAUGCUUAGGCAGCGUCGCGCCGAUCCUGUUCAUUCUCAUAGAGGCCAGAUUUGGCAAGUCCACUAUCCAGAACUACGACGGGCUUCUGCGCAACAAGCCUACUGCCUCGAGACUUGGUAUGUCUUGGAGAGUGGCACUCAUCCUCAUGUUGGCUCUUCCAAUUGCUCUCAGCGUCGCGUACAAGACCUUCACUGGUGGCGAGAGUCAGAUGGAGAUCGACAGCUUUGACUACAUCUCCAAUAAGACCUAUUAUGGCAUGUUCCAGCCGCCUGGCAUACUUUCGUUCAACGGCGUCUCUGGGUUUCUCAACGCAGCCACGGCUUUUCGGGAAGCCACAAAACUCAGCUCAAAUGGCUCUGAGCCACCUUUUCCAACACUGCCGAGCACAUAUGGCUACAAUAUCUUACUGUUGAAUGUAACAAGCGCCGCGGCGCUUGAUACUAUCCAGGCAUUUUAUGUGAUCGCAAUACAGGAGCGUCUCGCAAUAGGUGAAUCAUGGACCAUCACUGCACCGGUGACAGGGACAGUAGCCACCUUCAAUAAGAUGAUGGACUCGGAUCGACAGACAUUCGAAAGCGACUUCGUGUCUCAUUUCCUGAACAGAAACGCCUGGGGUUUCGAUACCAAAGACAUGUUCAACGGGUGGUCACUCACACUCACGAACCGGAAAUCUGACUCGGAUCAAUCGAUACAGUAUAUUGGACUGGAACCAACCAACCCGGAAUUCCCGUUGGAUGCAGCCAUAUAUGGCCACAUCGGUCGCUGCGAUGCUGUGGUCAAGGAACGCAGUCAUGAAAGGCUCGGGGGCCUUUCAACUCGGAAGAGUUCAAUACCAACGUUACGGAAAUCACCUGGGCUAUAUCUGGUGCUUGCCAUCCAGUCAUUCUUGAUAGUCAUCAUCCUGGGACUAUCUUCCAUGCGUCACUCGGAGCCCCUGGGCAAGGGAUUCGGCCUCGUCUCGACCUUUUCGGGAAUCGACAGUCAGAGCCUGAGCAGCUUGGCGGGAGCAUCUCUUCCAGGGGAGCUUUCGCGGCCUCUCAAGCUUACAAUGUCUCACGUUCAAACUGGCGGCACAAACACGAUACAGUGUCGUGCAGGAACAUCUUCAGAAGGGCGCGUAAGAGAUCGAUUUCAAUGGGAUGAGGCUCACAUUCUUCGACGAAAUUCCAUCCACGCCAAGCCUCAAGGCGAGCUCACCAAGGCAGGCAUCCGCAAAGACUCGGUCGUCUGA